AUGGAAUUGGAGCUGGAGCUUCGAUUGAAAAGGAUCGAUGACUAUGCCAGUACGAUCACAGACUACGAGUCCCUCCUGAGGAUGCUGGAAAAGCUCCGAUUACAGAUGGAGCAGGACGGCGGUCCUCCCAAAGCCUUCAUCAAGGCCAUCGGUAGCCUGGAGGACUACGUAGAGAAGCAGCACGAGGAGAUCUCCGAAAAGAAGCAGAAGGGCAUCAAGCUCCCGGAUAACAAGAACAAGGCGUUCAACACCCUGCGCGCCAAGGUGAAGAAAGGCAACAAGCCCUUUGCCGAUGACUUAGAGCAGCUGAAGAACAAUCCGGAUGACUUCCAGUCGGACGAGGAGCCCGAAGCCAGCGACUCUGCCAGCGAGGCCAGCGAAAAAGACGAGCGGAGCAGCUCCUCGGACUCCUCCUCCAGCUCUUCCAGCUCCGACUCCUCGAGCUCCGACUCGGACAGUGACUCGGAUGACUCGUCGGAUACCGGCAGCGCAAGCUCAGAUUCCGACUCCGAUAGCUUCGACAGCUCCGGAAAGUCCGACACAUCGGACGGCGAUGGAGACGAGGAUCUGGUUCGUGAGAGGAAGAUGCUCCGAUGGCUCAUCACGCCUGAGAAGCUCGCCGAACGUGAGAGGAAGGCCGAGCUGGCUAAAGCCAAGGAGGCAGAGAACAAGGCGAAGGAGAAGGAGAAACGAGACAGAAAGAAAGAGAAGGGCGAGGACGGCCGCGGCACAGCCACUGGCCGCGAGCGCAAAGGCAAGGACGAGCCAGAGGAGUACACUUCCAAGGAGCUUACCAACAAGGUCACCGAGAUCACCCAACAGCGCGGCCGCAAGGCGUUCGAUCGCAAGGCCUACAUGGAGAAGCUGCAGAAGUUGUUGGUGCAUGCAGCCAAGCACGGCCCUCUCGAGCAGCUGUACAUCUACGCCUCCAUGGUCUCGGCGGACUUCGACAACACGGGCAGCGCCUUCGCUGCCAUGAAGAUCGAGAUGUGGAACGAGGCUCUGACAAAGGUGAACAAGAUGUUGCCUUUGCUCUUUGAGUCGCACAACCUCAUGAAGAGCGGUGGUACUGACGAGAAGGCUGCUGCCGCCGAUGGGGAUGUCGAGGAUCCGAAGUCGCACACGAGACUGCAGGAGCUGUACCUGGCUUAUGUUGAGAAGCUUGACGAUGAGCUCUACAAGGCACUGCAGUUCAACAGCGAUGUCUACGGCUCGGAGUACCACGAGAUUUUGGCAAACUCCUCGAAGUGCCUGGUUCUCCUGAACCGCACCCUGCGCUUCUACGAGCACGUGGGCCAGGUCCAGCAGCUGGGUGAGCUGGCGUCACGCCUCAUGGAGCAGCUGUACUACAAGCCUGACUCAUUGAAUGCUCGUGUCUACGAAGCGGUUCCGCACACCAUGCCAGACGAGAAGAAGGAAGAUUGGAUCUGGCCGGAAGACUCCAAGGCGUACAUGGGCAAGCUCUGCCACUACGUUUGGGCCACCGGCGAUCAGCGCCUUCGCCGCCGUGCCUGCCUCUGCCAGGCAUACCACUUGGCUCUGCACGACUGCUUCCAGCCAGCCCGGGAUCUUCUCCACCUUGGAAACUUCCAGGAGCAGGCCGCCGAGUCCGACGUCCACACGCAGAUUCUCUACAAUCGCGUGAUUGCUCAGAUUGGCUUGUCUGCCUUCCGGCUCGGAAAGAUCACGGAGGCGCACAACUGCCUGAUGGAUGUGUGCCAGUACAACAAGGGCCGCGAGCUGCUUGCACAGGGCUUGUCCUACGCCAAGAACAUGGAGCGUUCUGCGGAGCAGGAGAAAGCCGAGAGACAGCGCCAGCUGCCUUACCACAUGCACAUCAACUUGGAGGUCCUGGAGAGUGCUCAGCACAUUUGCGCGAUGCUGCUGGAAGUGCCGAACAUGGCGAUGCAGGCUAUCGACCCAAGCAACAAGCGGGUCAUUUCCAAGGUCCUGAGGCGCGCACUGGAGACCUACGACAAGCAGCAGUACACCGGACCACCGGAGACUGCCAAGGACUCCGUGGUCGCGGCCGCGAAGGACCUCCAGCGUGGAGACUGGGCCAAGGCCUGCGCGCAACUUGAUGGGCUGCAGCUUUGGCACCACAUCGACACCAACCACCCGGACAAUGGCGAGAAGGUGAAGGCCAUGAUCACGGAGAAGAUGAAGGUAGAGGCCUUGCGCACCUACUUGUUCUCUUACGCAUCUAUCUACGAUGCCUUCCACCUGGACCAGCUGGUGGAGAUGUUCAAUUUGGACGCAAGACAAGUGCACUCGACCAUCUCCAAGAUGAUGAUCAAGGAAGAGAUCACCGCAUUCUGGGAUGUGUUCCACAUGAAGGCGCGAAUCAACGUGCGGCUCAGGCAAUUGCCACACUUGGCUCGGGCCGUAGUUGCGGCAAAGGCUCUGGCCGGUGGACAUGCUUCGGGUAACCGCCAGAUGACUAAGUCCAAAGUUCCUUCAGUUCCGGCUCGUGCGUCUCCGGUGAUGCUUGACCUUGACCAGGUUACCAUUCCUUCAGGAGUUUUCGUUGAUGGUGACACGCCUCUUACGCAGAUCCCCAUUGGUGACGUUGGCCCUACUUCAGCUGGAGUAGUAUUGGUCCGGCCGGAACAAGCUGCACCGUACUUCAAGCUUUCAAGGCCUGUCAGUCGUGCGGCAUUGGCCCUUGUGGUUGUCGGUGAACUUGACCUUGGCGAAGUGACUGUAAAGUCUGAAGUGUUGCGUUUCCGAGCCACGUCAACGAAACGAGCACUUCCAUUGCUUCUUUCCGGGACUUUGCUCCAGAUUGGCGAUCGUUGGGUUUCCAAGCAUGCCCCUAAGGUCACAAACGUCGAGGUUGUUCCAUCGGAAGUCCUUCGUAUCGCUGUGUUUCGUGACCAGUUUGAGGGUGAUUGGGACACAUUCACAAUUCGCCCACUUCGGGAGAUCAUACAGGUGGUUCCCUGCCUUCGCACUUGCUCUGUUGCAGGUUGUACUUGUGCUGCUUGGCAUGGUGCCUCCGCGCCGGGUGAGCCGGAAGCUAUUCUUGAGUGCUGGGCCAGGUCUUGGCAUUCCGUUGCGUACAAGCAAGCGCCGGCGAAGUCAGCAGUAAUCUUCAACAUCUUUGUGAGGAUACCGGCUGGGCUUCUCAAGCCUCUGCUUGCAUGCUCCGGGUUGCAUGGGGUUUUCAUUGAGCCGCGCGCUGCAGAUUCCAAGGGGGCUUCUGCUGAGUUUCGUGUUAUCUGGCUUCCGAAAGCUUCCUACAGUGAGGCUUUGCUCCUAAAACAAAGCCAUGGCGAAAUCAUUGGACUUGCUCGUGUUGGAUCGCGACUGGGAGUGCGAUGCAAUAAAGCUGAUGAAGAGGCCUUACACAAAGUCCUCAAAGGCACCCCUUUUGUCGAUCGUAGCUCAUUGUGUGAGUUCGUUGUCGGUCCUUGGCCUUUCGGGACACAGCGCCAAGCCGUUGAAAAAGCAUUGUCCUCCUUCGGAUGGGUUGCUCGCGUUACCCAGCCCCUUGCCGGCCAGCCUGGUGGUCUUUGGUGGCGCGUUCAGGCCGGUUCGCGCCCUCCUGAGCUUGUCUUGCACACGCAAUUUGGUGAAGUGCUUAUCAGUGAAGAACCUGGGCGAGCAGCCGUCCCGGCGGUGAAGCAUGCAGUGCUUGCUGCUCGCAGUGCUUUGCGUGAUCUCUGUCCGCCUACGCCCCCUUCGGUUGACCCCUUGCAGGUGCAUGAUCCUUGGGCUGCAGCGCUUCAGAAGCAAAAGCCUUCACAACCCGCUUCUGUUCAAGCUGUGUCUGCACAAGUUGAAGCUAAAGUAUUGGCCAAAAUUCAGCAGGAUCGUUCCUUGUCGUCUGUACCGGCUCCUUCUGAGCAGCUGCGUGAGGAGCUUGAACAGAGUGUCCUUUCCAAGGUUGAGGCUCGUUUGACGGAACAUCGCGCUGUGGUUGAGGGUCGGCUUUCUGGAGUUGAAACUCAGGUCACAGCCCUUUCAGACAAAGUCGAUGGCCAGGAGUCGGUGCUUCGCAGCAUGUUUCAGGAGCAGAUGUCCCGCAUUGAAGAGUUGUUAGCUGCGCCCAAGCGUUCUAGGCAUGAGGGCGUUCGCCACUGGUCCGUUUUGAUUGCGUUUCUUUCGGUGCGAGUUGGGGAAGCUGCGCAUCCUGGUCCAGGGGUGAUGGACGAGUCUUUCUUCACGUUGGGUGCCAUUAACCCCACCGGGCUUAAUGGCAAACAUGGGGUCGUUUCUCAGCUUGAUUCGCCCGCAAUCUACGCUGUCAGUGAAACGCAUUUGACCAAGCCAGGGUUGGAUUCAUUCAGGAUGGGCUUGCGCCUGGCCGGUCCCUUUUCGUUUGUUCAUGGUUGUCCUGUGGCCCCUCGGCCGCGCAGCCUGGUGUCUGGUGUCUACGAGGGCGUGGGCUUUGUCACGUCGUUUCCGGCUCGUUUGGCUCCACACUCGUGGCCUGCUUUGCUGUACGAGACCUCUCGCAUUCAGGUUGCCAACUUCUUCGUGGGGUCCAUGUGGCUGUUGGGCGGGGUGGUCUAUGGGUAUGCCACCGACUCCUCUCGUACGUCAUGUCUGCUUCAGGCCCUCACUGAGAGGGUGGUUUUGGGUGCUUCCGGGCCUCGGUUCGUGGCCGGUGAUUUCAAUUUGGAGCUGGACAGAAUCGAUUUCGUUGAUAUCUGGCGUGAGCGUGGUUUUUGUGAAGUGCAAGACCUCAUGAGCUGGGCAACCGGUUGCCAACCUCGCCCUACAUGUAAGGGCAAAACCCGCAAGGACUUCCUUUUUGUUUCGGCUGAGUUGGCCGCCAUGUUUGUCCAGACCAUGGUUGAUGAGACGUUUUUCGCUGAUCAUGCUGUGCUUUCGGCGAAAUUCCGCACAUCGGUCUCCUUUGUCCCGCGCUUUCAAUGGCGCAUGCCUGUUCAUCGUCAGUCUCUUCAUCUCCAGCCCUUGCAUGUGUGCGCUGUGGGUGGCCCUGCUGGCUCGGAUAGCCCUGCAUCUGAGCGUUAUGCUGCGGUUUGCGAGCGAUUUGAAGAUGGGCUCUCGCGUGCCCUUGCUGACCGCAGCUUGCCACCUCUGUGUUCUCGUGAAAAAGGGCGUGCCCGCACUUUCGAAGUAAAGUGCAGCAAGUUGAAGAUUGCACCGGUUCCUAGCUCCCGCGUUUCUGAAGUGUCCCCUGAGUUUUUCGGGCCAAACCUUCGUUAUGCGCAGUGGUUUCGGCAGCUUCGUCGCCUUCAGGCUCUUCGCCAGGCCCUCCAUUCGGCCAGCUCGUCGCCUUCUGCGUUGGAGUAUCGUGCAGGUCUGUGGGAUUCCAUCCUUCGUGCUCCUGGUUUCGGAGUUCCUUUCGUGAUUUGGUGGCCUACUCGUGGAAUCCAGCUUCCCACCGACCCGGUCGAUAUCCCGCCGUGUAUUCCCUCACUGGAUGUUGUGACUCAAGUCUUCGCUUCUUUCGAGGCGAAUGUUCGUGCAUGGGAGAGGCAAUUGCUUUCUGCACGCCGCGGCGAGGCUGCGGCCCGUCGUGCUUCCGACCCUAGCCUCAUCUUCCGUGAUCUUCGAGCCGCCCCUGCCAAGCCGGUUGAGUCUUUGAUUGAGCCGCUUGAGGCGAAUGUUGAAGAGGUUGAUGCCGGUGACAAUGCGGUUGUGCUUGACAAGGAGGUUCCUUGGAGCCCUGACUUUCCAAUCUGUGUGAACGGUGUGUGCAUUGAUCCUGUCCAUGUUGAACCUGACAAGAUCUGGUGUCAUGAGUCCCCGCCGUGUGCCAUUGGUGAUAAGGUUGUUCAAUCUGUGUUGGUUGGAACGCUGCCCGAUCUGUUUGCCAAGUUUGGCAAGGAGUGGGCUCGACGGUGGCAGCGACACGACAAUGUUUCUCCUGAAAGGUGGCGUGAACUCAUCUCUUCCUUUCGGGAGCGCGGUGAUUUUCCUUCCAUGGCUCUUGAGCCCAUCACCUUGUCUGUGUGGCAAGCGGCCGUCAGGGCUAAAAGCACGCGCAGCGCGACUGGCCUUGAUGGAGUCUCCAGGCAAGAUCUCUUGUUGAUGCCGCCUGAACUUACUAUUGAGCUUAUUCGGUUGUGCGAACAUGCGGAACAACAUGGGGUUUGGCCUCGCCAAAUGCUCCAGGGGGUUGUCACUGCUCUGGAAAAGGUUCCGUCGGCUUCAUUGGUCACGCAAUUCAGACCCAUUUCCGUCUUAUCCAUGGUGUACCGUGUUUGGGGGAGUAUCCGAGCCCGUCAGUGUUUGCGACACCUGUCCCAGUUUGUCCCGCCGGGCCUUCUCGGGAAUGUCCCGGGACGUUCGGCUUCAAACGCGUGGUAUUCCAUCCAGCUUGCGGUUGAGCGGUCCUUUCGUGAAGGCCUCCCCCUUUCAGGAUUCAGCGCGGACCUCGUCAAGGCAUUCAACUUGCUGCCUCGGGCGCCUACGUUUGCAUUCGCCAUGCUGUGUGGCAUCCCACGUGGUUUGGUUCGUGCUUGGUCCGCUGCAUUGGUUGGCCUUCAGCGCCGCUUCAGGAUUCGAGGGUCUGUUGGGCCAGGGGUUAUGAGCUCGACCGGUUUCCCGGAAGGAGACGCGUUAAGCUGCGUGGCUAUGACCCUGGUCAAUUUUGCUUAUCAUGAGCAUAUGGCUGCAUCCGUUCCGGAUUGUGUCGCUUUGACGUUCGUUGACAAUUGGGAAACUACCUCUUCGUGUCCCAUGAGUAUUCUGCGUGCUGCCGCGGCUCAAGAGGAUUUCGCCCGUGCAUGGGACCUUGAGGUGGACUCGGGCAAAACGGUUUUCUGGUCCACUGAGGCCGCUGAUCGGAAAGUGUUGCGUUCGAAUCGGUGUAGUGUCGCUUUGGAUUUCCGCGAUCUUGGUGGCCAUUUGCAGGUAUCAAGACGCCAUACCAACUACACACAGACCGCGCGUUGCAAGGACCUUGUUCCGAAGUGGCUUCGCUUGAAAUGCUCGCUUGCGCCGUAUGUCCAGAAAGUUCGGGCUCUUCAGGUUGCUGCGUGGCCUAUGGCUCUGCACGCUGUCAGCAUCGUUACUUUGUCAGCUGCUUCCUUUCGUUCCUUGCGGAAUGGUGCCAUGAUUGGUUUGGGAGCCAAGGCUCCGGGUGCAAGUUCUCGUCUUCACUUGAGCUUGGUUGAGUUUCCGCUGGCUGAUCCCGAGUAUUAUGCGUUGCGGAGCUCGUUUCGGGACGCAAUUGCUCACGGCUCUUUUGAAGAUCUUGCACCUUUGUUGGAUUUGGCCUCUACAAACUCGGUGCGUCAGCCAGGGCCGGCGGGAGUUUUGUUGUCACGGGCCAAUGCUAUUGGCAUGGCGUGGUCUCCUGAGUUGCGCUGUUUCCAAGACUCUCUUGGCAAUCUUGAUCCGUGGAAGCUUUGUUGUCAAGAAGUUGAAGCACGUUUGGUCCUUCAGUGGCAAGCUGCCGUUCAGCAGAGUGUGUCGCAUCGAAAAGGCUUUGCGGGCCUCGCAGGUUGCGAUGCUCACCUGACGCGUUUGAUUUUCGGUCGGUUGGACUCUGAACACCAGGCACUGGCACGAAAGUCCCUGAAUGGAUCUUUCUUUACGCAAGACGCUUUGUGCCACUUCUCCGAGGGGGAGUCGGACGCUUGUGCAUUUUGCGGCCAUCCUGACAGUGUGCUCCACAGAGUUUUCGAAUGCCCACAUUUCCAAGACGCUCGUGCUCUUCCUUUGCCUUGCCCGCUCUCGGUGCUUGAAGCGCAGUGUGAUGCCACCCGUUUGCAUUGUUGGGCACCUUGCGUAAAGGAUGUUAGCUUGCUCAGGCACGCACUUUGCCAGCUCCCUGACACUACGUCGCACUUUGAGCCUCUGCCUUCUAUGCCCAUCUACGAUCUGUUCACAGAUGGUUCCUGCCUUUGCUCGUGCCUUCCCUCCCUUCGCUUGGCCUCUUGGGGUGUUGUGGUUGCUAUGGGUUCCCUCGACUCGCCGGGCUUGCCCUUGUGUUCCGGGCUUGUACCGGGCUUGCUCCAAACCGCUUUUCGGGCGGAGUUGACUGCCAUGUUAGCUGCCUUCACUUUCGCUUCCACGGUUGGAGUGCCUGUUCGUGUCUGGUCUGACUGCUCGAGUGUGGUGCGAAGGGCGCGAAGCUUGCUCGCUGGCGAGUGGGUUCCCGCGUCCACGGGAAAGCAUGCUGACCUCUGGAGACGGAUGUCGCAACUCUUGCCGUUGCUGGGUGAUCGGAUUUCCGUGUUGAAGGUCUCUGCACAUUUGGAUUCGGACUUGCAGGGUACUUUUGUAGAUGAGUGGGCCGUCGUCCAUAACAAUGAGGCUGAUUACCUGGCUGGUUGCGCUAAUCAGGAGCGCGGUGAAGAGUUUUGGAACCUCUGGAAUCGGUGUGCGGAUGGGUAUGCUGAGGCAUCACGCAUUACUGAAGGGAUUCUGCUGCUUCAUGCCAGGAUUGGCAUGGUCGCUACGCGGUCCGAGGGCCGGCCCGGUGUCCGUCCAAUAUUGGUGGUGGCUGCGGUAGGUGAGGGUGAGGCUUCCUUCAUUCCAGCGUGUGAUGUGGACCCGCGCCUGGCGAUUACUCUCGCAGAGCGCGCUGUGCAGGCGGUGGAGAACAACGAGCGCCUCGUCGACUUGAAGACUGGCGGCUUUGCUUUCAAGGAUGCGGGCAGAGCCAAUCUCGGCCAGAACGCCGAGUCGGGCAAAGGCGGAAAAGGAAGAAUGGGCAAAGGCUUCGACAUGAAGGCAGACCAGAAGGGUGGCAAAGGAAAGGGCCGGGGCAAAGGAGCCUCGUUUGGUUCCCAGCCCAUGCGCCGGGCUGGGUGGGAGAACGCCCGUGCCGGUGCUUUGCGCGGCGGCACCGGGCAACGCGGAUGGUCCACCGGCAUCCGGCAGUGA